AUGCUCACUAUCUUAUCGAUUGUCAACGUUAUUGCAUUUUCUUUCCUUUCUGUCUUUCUUGUGUUUUUCAGUUUCAUACCUUUAUACUAUCGAUUUUUUGUGUUUAUAGUCAGGUUUUCAGAACAAGAGAUUUUAACUCCAAACAAUGCAGACAAUACAAUUCAACAUCAAAUAUAUUGGAAUGGAAUUCCUACAUACUCAGAAAAAACGUUGAUCGAUUACAACAAGAAAUUUGAUGUUGAAAAAUCAAGUAAUCAUUCAACAAAAGAUCUCGAUCCUCUCAAAUUUUUAACUGAAGGAAAACAAGACAAAAUUGAACAAACGUUUCAUUUUAAAAGGGCACUGAGUACUUGUCAUUUAUGUAAUAAAUUUAAUGAGUCUCAGACUCAAAUUGAUUUAUCAAAAAUGAACGAAAAACUCCCAUCUGUGUGUCAGGGGCGUAUUGAUGCGGUCUGGCUUUGGGUCAAUGGGAGUGAUGAAACAUGGCGUUCUUCACACAAAAAAUUCAAUCAAAAAUUCGAAGAGAAUAGAUUUAGGGAGACAGGCACUUUAAAAUAUUCAAUGAGGAGUGUUUUCAAAUAUCUUCCUUAUAUCAAAAAUUCUUUUUGCUG